AUGAUUGGGAACAUAGGAAACAGCGGCAUAGUCCGAUUGGUUCCAGCUAUGUUCUACGAACACUACAGACUUACGCAUACCACGCAUAGCUACAUGACAUGGAGCACAUACAGCAUCACUCGCAAUGACAGACGUUGCCAAGGCCGAACAUUCACGAACAUGAACGGAAGCAUAGAUGGGAUAGGAAACAUAGAAAAACUCUCGGUAAACCCAAUAUUCAUUACAAUCUCUGUCACUCUCCCACUCCACUACACACCAUAA